UCUCCCCGCCUGUCUCGCGAUAUCAGCCGGGCGGAUCCAUCAUGGCUGAAGAGGAGGUGGGCAAGUUACAGAAGCACCUGGCGCUUUUGCGCCAGGAGUAUGUGAAAAUGCAGCAGAAGUUGGCAGAAACCGAGAAGAGAUGUACCCUGCUUGCAGCCCAGGCCAACAAAGAUGCUUCCAGUGACACUUUCAUCAGCCGACUCCUCACCAUUGUGGCCCAGCUCUUCCGCCAGGAGCAGUACAGCGAUCUGAAGAUAAAGGUUGGGGACCAAAACAUCGCUGCUCACAAAUUUGUGCUGGCUGCAAGGAGUGAUGUGUGGAGCUUGGCCAACCUGGCUUCAACCAAAGAGCUUGAUCUGUCAGACUCAAACCCCGAGGUGACUAUGGCUAUGCUUCAGUGGAUCUACACAGAUGAACUGGAGUUGAGAGAAGAUGACCUUUUCCUAACAGAGCUGAUGAAGCUGGCAAAUCGGUUUCAGCUUCAAACCCUGCGAGAAAGGUGUGAAAAGGGGGUGAUGUCGUUGGUGAACGUGAGGAACUGCAUACGUUUCUAUCAGACAGCCGAGGAACUGAAUGCCAGCACUUUGUUAAAUUAUUGCGGAGAAAUUAUUGCCAGUCACUGGGAUGACCUAAGAAAGGAUGACUUCAGUUCGAUGAGUGCUCAGCUGUUAUACAAAAUGAUUAAAUCCAAGACUCAAUUCCCUUUACACAAAGCAAUUAAGGUGGAAAGAGAAGAUGUGGUUUUCUUGUACCUAAUAGAAAUGGAUUCCCAGUUACCUGGAAAAUUAAAUGAACUGGAUCAAAAUGGAGACCUUGCCUUGGACCUGGCCCUUUCCAGAAGGCUGGAAAGCAUUGCCACAACUCUGGUUAAUAACCGAGCAGAUAUUGAUAUGGUAGACAGCAGAGGUUGGAGCCUGUUGCACAAAGCCAUUCAAAGAGAUGACAAAUUUGCUGCCAGCUUCCUGAUAAAAAAUGGCGCGCGAGUAAGCGCUGCAACGUUGGAGGAGCAGGAGACUCCACUACACCUGGUAGCUGCUUGUUCAGUGAAGGACCGCUCCCCGGAGGUGAUGUCUGACAUCGCACAAAUCGCAGAGGCACUUUUACACGUCGGGGCUAAUCCCAACAUGCAGGACAGCAAAGGAAGGACUCCUUUGCACUCAGCUAUCCUGGCUAGGAACGAGUAUGUCUUUAACCAGCUGCUUCAGUGCAAACAAUUAGAUUUAGAACUCAAGGAUCACGAGGGAAGCACAGCUCUGUGGCUCGCAGUUCAGUAUAUAACAGUGUCGUCUGGCCAAUCCGUUAAUCCCUUCGAUGACGCUCCUGUAGUGAACGGAACCUCGUUUGAUGAGAACAGCUUUGCAGCGAGACUUAUCAAACGGGGAAGCAACACAGAUGCACCUGACACAGUAACAGGUAAUUGCUUGUUACAAAGAGCUGCAGGAGCAGGGAAUGAGGCAGCUGCUCUUUUCUUGGCAACUCAUGGUGCAAAAGUCAAUCAUAAAAAUAAAUGGGGGGAGACGCCAUUACACACUGCAUGUAGGCACGGGCUGCCCAAUCUUACAGCAGAACUAUUACAGCAAGGCGCCAACCCAAACAUCCAGACCACAGAGGCUGUUCCAUCACUGAAAGCGCCAGCUGAAAAUAACCCAGCCGCUAAUAUCUCUCUACAAACACCACUGCACAUGGCAAUAGCUUAUAGCCACCCUGAUGUUGUUUCUGUAAUACUGGAGCAAAAAGCUAAUGCUCUUCAUGCAACCAAUAAUCUCCAGAUCAUCCCUGACUUCAGUCUGAAGGAUUCUAGAGAACAGACAGUGUUGGGUCUUGCCUUAUGGACGGGCAUGCACACCAUCGCUGCCCAACUCCUGGGGUCUGGCGCAUCCAUCAAUGACACCAUGUCUGACGGACAGACACUCUUACACAUGGCAAUACAGAGACAAGACAGCAAGAGUGCCUUGUUCCUGCUAGAACACCAAGCCGACAUAAAUGUCAGAACACGGGAUGGGGAGACUCCGCUGCAGCUGGCCAUUAGAAACAAGCUUCCCUUGGUGGUGGAUGCUAUUUGCACACGUGGGGCUGAUAUGUCUGUUACCGAUGAUCAAGGGAAUCCUCCCCUAUGGCUUGCGCUAGAAAAUGACCUGGAAGACAUUGCGUCAACCCUGGUAAGACAUGGGUGUGAUGCAACGUUUUGGGGACCAGGGCCAAUUGGAUGUCUGCAAACUCUUCUUCAUCGGGCCAUUGAUGAAAACAAAGAGCAAGUGGCCUGCUUCCUUAUCCGCAGUGGCUGUGAUGUAAAUAGUCCUAGAAAACCUGGACCUAAUGGCGAAGGGGAAGAAGAGGCCAGAGAUGGACAGACACCCCUGCAUUUGGCAGCAUGCUGGGGUUUGGAGGAGGUGGUGCAGUGCCUUCUGGAGUUUGGUGCCAAUGUAAAUACCCAGGAUGCCGAGGGGAGAACUCCAAUCCAUGUUGCCAUCACUAACCAGCACCGUGUCAUUAUUCAGCUAAUGAUUUCACACCCUGAUAUCAGGCUAAAUGUACGCGACAGACAGGGCAUGACCCCUUUUGCUUGCGCCAUGACGUUCAAAAAUAACAAGGCCGCAGAAGCAAUCUUGAAGCGGGAGCCCGGAGCAGCUGAACAGGUGGACAACAAAGGGAGGAACUUCCUGCAUAUCGCAGUUCAGAAUUCCGAUAUCGAGAGUGUGCUGUUCCUGAUCAGCGUACAAGCCAACGUUAACUCCAGAGUCCAGGACGCCUCUAAAUUAACGCCUCUGCACCUAGCUGUGCAGGCAGGAUCAGAGAUCAUAGUUCGCAACCUGCUUCUUGCAGGAGCCAAGGUGAAUGAAUUAACAAAGCACCGGCAGACUGCCCUUCACUUGGCAGCCCAACAGGACAUGCCCACUAUAUGUUCUGUUCUGCUGGAGAACGGAGUGGACUUUGCAGCUACUGAUGAGAACGGGAAUAACGCUCUCCACCUUGCUGUAAUGCAUGGUCGCUUGAACAAUAUCCGUUGCCUUUUAAAUGAAUGCAAUGUGGACGCAGAAGCGCUGAAUUUAAGAGGUCAAUCACCAAUGCAUAUUUUGGGCCAAUACGGAAAGGAAAACGCAGCUGCUAUUUUCGAACUCUUUUUAGAAUGUAUGCCGGAGUACCCACUUGAUAAACCGGAUGCGGAGGGAAACACAGUACUCCUCCUGGCCUACAUAAAGGGAAAUGCCAACCUCUGUCGGGCCAUUGUGAAAGCUGGUGCCAGGCUCGGUGUAAAUAACAAUCAAGGAGUCAACAUAUUUAACUAUCAAGUUGCUACUAAACAGCUUCUAUUUAGACUUCUGGACAUGCUUUCGCAAGAGCCUCCGUGGUGCGAUGGCUCAAAUUGUUAUGAGUGCACAGCUAAGUUUGGGGUCACCACCAGGAAGCACCACUGCCGACAUUGUGGCCGUCUCCUCUGCUAUAAAUGCUCAACCAAGGAGAUUCCCAUUAUAAAGUUUGACCUGAACAAACCUGUUAGGGUUUGCAACAUCUGCUUCGAUGUGUUGACGCUGGGAGGCUUUUCUUAGUGUUCUGUAAACAGGAGAGAGUUUGUUGCUUAAAGGACGGAAGUUACGUUAGACAUCAGCCCAGCCAAGCAGAAGCGGUGUGCACUUCCAUCAUGGAAUCAAUGGACCACAUUAUAUAUUCCAAUAUAAACAAUUUGUAUGAUUGUACAUGUAUAGGCUUUGCUAGAUGCUAACUGGACUUUUUAAUUCGAGUGAUAAAUGCGUGAAAAUGUCAAGCUGGACAGUAUAUUGGAAGGUUAAACCUACGCUCGAUUCAGAGAAACUCUCUAUCCAGAAGAAUUGCUCACACUCCCUUUCAUGAGGUCUUAGACUAACACCCACCAUCUCUGUAAAAUUGUGUAAUAAAUGUUCUGAAUCUGG